UCCGACCCCUCCUCUCUCGUCCUAAUUCAAGCCGCAACCAAGGCUUGCCCCUCACUUAUCGGAGAAGAAAGACUCUCCCAAAAGAAACUUAUGGCGCUUCGCAAAGCCCUGGUCGGCCGCUUCCUCCACCUCGCCAAGCUCUCCUCCCCCGACCCCCAAAUCCGGCUCCGACCAAAUUCCUCCUUCCUCCCCCAGCGCCGCCCCGUCGUCCUCCCGGCCGUCCCCCCCGACCGCCUCCCCUUCCCCUCCGGCGACCGCCUCCUCGACCGGAUCCGCGGCCUCAACCCGGACCGCAUUCGCCUCGACGGUCUCUCCCCGCCACCGGUGGAGAAGGUGAAGGAUGAGAUGGUGGCGGAGAGGAGGGGGAUCACGGUGGAGGAGGCGAGGAAGGUGCUGAGGGCGUCGCAGAUGGAGGCGGCUAGGGCGAGGCUGAGGGCGAUUCCGAUGAGCUGCAUCCCUUAUUCGGAGUUCGUCGAGAUCUGCUGCGACGCCUCCGGCGGCGAGCAGGGGGUGGGGAUCGCCCGCUCGCUCGACGAAUCCGGAGCCGUUAUCGUAUUGAAGAACGUCGUCUUCCUCCGCCCGGAAUUGGUAGCUAAAGCAAUUGAGAAUGUGAUCCCUUUGUCACUGACUCAACCAAAUGACCGUUGGUGGAAGGAACUGAGAGAGAUGGAAGAGAAGAAGGUGGAGAUUGAUCGAAGGGCGGUUGCUCAAGUGAGGAGGGAGCUGUGGUGUGGGUUGGGAUUUUUGGUAAUGCAGACGAUUGGAUUCAUGAGGCUGACCUUCUGGGAGCUUUCAUGGGAUGUUAUGGAGCCAAUCUGCUUCUACGUGACCUCUGCCUACUUCAUGGCUGGCUAUUUCUUCUUCAUGAGGACUUGCAAAGACCCUUCCUUUGAGGGUUUCUUCGACAGCCGGUUUGCUACAAAGCAGAAGCGUCUCAUGAAGGUCUAUAAUUUUGAUCUCGACCGCUUCAAUGAGCUCAGGAGGGCUUGCCCCCUCCCAUCCCCACCACCUUCAGAAGAAUUUCCUUCUUCUUCUUAUAAGAAGGGCAUGUUGAUUGGAGCUGUACAUUAAUUACGUGGAGUAGAUUUUGAUUUAAAAGAUCAGUUAUAAAACCCACAAAAUAACUGACAGCAGAUAAAAACUGAAAAGGAUUAUUUUAAUUGAAAGUUACUGAGACAAAAACCUUAUUAACGUU